UAGCAUCACCACUAAACAGUCUUGAAUAAACCUUCGAGAAAACUACAACGGUCUUAAGAGCAAAUUGGUCCCGUGAUAAAAAAAAACGAAAUGAAAUUACAAGUGGUUAUACUUUUAGUAACUUUGGCUUUGGUCUCGGCCAAAUUCGAAUUACGCAAUAGAGAUGAUGCCUUAAGGGCUCACGAAGAAUGUCGCGAGGACAAUUAUGUACCCGAUGAGAUUUACGAAAAAUUCUUGAAUUACGAAUUUCCCGAUCAUAAGCGCACAAAGUGUUAUAUUAAAUGUUGGGUUGAAAAAAUGGAAUUAUUCAAUGAAAAGAAGGGCUUCGAUGAAAAGAGUAUUGUCUAUCAAUUUACCCAUGAACAUCCUAAUUAUUUGGCAAAUGUACGUCAUGGUUUGGAAAAGUGUAUCGAUCAUAAUGAAGCUGAAUCUGAUGUAUGCACUUUCGCUCAUCGUGUCUUCUCUUGCUGGAUUAAGAUUAAUCGUCCUGCUGUACGUAAGGUCUUUGGUGAAAACUAAAGAAUUACGUAUUUAGAAAGUAAAUGUUUAUAUUUACAAAAAUUAUUUUAUAAAAAUUGUGAUCAAUUGUAAUUUUGUUAUAAAAAUUAUGAGAAAAUUAUUAAAAUUUUAUUUUAAAUAAAAGAAAUACUGUUAAA